UGUUUUCAAUCAUAGGAGGAACAAAUCCCCCAAAUGUUUACUUGGUGACACAGCAAAAAUAAUCAUUUGUUUUAACUCAGUCAUACGAAAGAGGGAGAUCAGCUUUCUGUGACUUUUCAAGCAGUAGAGGGCUCGAAUUAACGAGGAGCACGUGAAGGCAGCACCACUAUUAGUUGUUUUACGUUUCAAGAUGACGGACCCGACAACGUCUCCGGAGGACCACUGGAAGCAGACCGACGGCGCCUUCAGCGACAGCGGCUUCGACCACGGCUUUUUCGCUGAAACUACCAGAAAGGGUUCAGUUGUGUCUCGGGCCAACAGCAUCGGCUCAACAAGCGCCUCUUCAGUACCAAAUACAGAUGAUGAAGACAGCGACUACCGACACGAGACGUCGUACAAGAACUCGUACAAAGACCGACGGAGACAAGCGCACACACAAGCUGAGCAGAAGCGCCGGGAUGCCAUCAAGAAAGGCUACGAUGACCUCCAGUCCAUAGUCCCCACCUGCCAGCAGCAGUCCGAGUUUGCAGUCGGAGCGCAGAAGAUCAGCAAGGCCACCGUACUGCAGAAAACAAUCGACUACAUCCAUUUCCUUCACAAAGAAAAGAAGAAGCAGGAGGAGGAAGUUUCUCUACUAAGGAAAGAAGUGAUGGCGCUGAAAAUCAUGAAAACGAACUACGAGCACAUAGUGAAGGCCCACCAGAACAACCCCCAGCAGGGAGACGAUCAGGUGUCCGACCAGGUCAAGUUCAACAUCUUCCAGAGCAUCAUGGACUCCCUCUUCCAGUCGUUCAGCAACUCCGUCUCCGUGAGCAGCUUCCAGGAGCUCUCCGCCUGCGUCUUCAGCUGGAUCGAGGAGCACUGCAAGCCGCAGACGCUGAGGGAGUUCGUGGUCGGCGUGCUGCGGCAGCUCAACGGUCAGCUCUAUUGAUGGAGGGGAAACCCCUGGACUUUACUGCCAUAAUACGGACUUUGGGCUUUCUUCGGCCUCUCAGGGUGAAGUAGACAAAGAAAAAGAACACUUCAAUCAGCCUCAGGCCGCAUCGCAGUAUUUCCGCUCACUCAAACCGAUCAGUGCCUCCCGGGCUGCGGCUGGAUUACCUCCACUUCACGGAUGGCUUAUUGGAGCGAUCGCUCUCUGACCAACGGACCGCCGAGCGCAUUCGUCUGUAAGUGAAUGUAAAUGUUAAAUGUACGUCAGCCAAGGAGACGGUGCCGUGUGCCACUGGUAGUAGUCACAAGCUGAAGCAGGUGUAAAUUAAUCCUCUCCGAUUGAUCGUAGCUGAUGGAAUUCGAGAAGGUGACGGAACCCGCUGUUACUUCAAGCAUUUCCUUGCAGCCUUAUUCUGACCCGCAGGGAUCUCAUCGGCUUCAGUGCACGUUGAGUCAGUCGUAACACUCCCGAACCGCUAAACACUCAGCAGGGGGGGGGGAACCAAACCAUUCCACCGUUUUAUUGGGACUAGAGAUGAAUAAGCUUUCUCUAAAUGUCAUCGCUUGACAUUUCAGUGGCUUAAACGUCGCCACGACUGAUUCUUUUCGCUUUGCUCGUCAGUGGCUCUUAUGAUCAAUAUUUGUUGAUCCCUGAAAUGUUGAAUCUCUCGUGAAUGUUCCCCCCCCCAGACGGAAUGUCCCGGAAAGCUUCGCUGUGGCCUCCAGCAGGUUCCCAGGCAGAGAUUUAACGCCGCUGUAAUGACUUAAAAUACGUUCAACCAAGAGCUCUUAUUGAAAUAAGUAAAAUCACACGGCUCAUCUGUUAAAUGACAAAGAGCCACUUUGCUGUUCUUGCCUUAAUCGAGCGGAGAUGUAAAUGUUGUAGCUUCAAGUAUCAUCUUAUUAGUUGUGUAAUAGCAAUCUACUUUAUGAUCCAAAGGGAACUGUCAACCUAUUUAUAGGAAUAUAACUGACUGUCAGGCUUAAUUUAAGUUUAGCAGAAAAGGACGAAUCGUGUGUGUAAAGUAAAAUAAUCCCAUCUUUUCACUUCAGCGUUGCAUUAAUGAAUAUUUAAUAACGUUAAACUCUGAAGAACCAGUACAAAUGAUUAACAUGACAACCUUUUGUGUUUUAUACAUUUUGGCUCUUUUAAGAACAGUAAAAAUAAAUAUUGCAGGAAUAUGGACUUAAACACAAAUGAAGCUUACAGAGCUAAAAAAGACCAAUUUGAUUUCAAAGGUUGGGAAUUUAUUUAGUGGCUUUAAAAGGAAUUGAAUUAAACCAAAGUUGUUUAAAUCUACUUUCAAUUACAGAGGAAGUUGGUUUUGCAUUCAACUUUUAUUACCGAUGUACCAUUUGUUCCAGAGAAAAGCCAUAAAUAAAAAACGUGCUGUGGCUCGAA